AUGACUACAUGUAGAUCGGAAGAAGAAGCUAAAUUAAUGUACAAGGAAAUGAACGAACUAUUGCAGAGGGCUGGAUUUCAACUUCAAAAAUGGAGUAGUAAUUGUGAGGUUUUCUUACAAUAUCUAAAUAAAGAGAAUACUAAUUUGGAUCAAUCAAUUCAUAUUAAGGCAAAUGAUACUUUAAAGGUUUUGGGAAUAAGCUGGAAUCGCACUACAGAUCAAUUUGAAUAUACGGUUAACAUAGGAGCCGUUAAGGAUGUUAUAACAAAGAGAAACGUAAUUUCUGAUAUUGCCAGGCUAUACGACCCCAUGGGAUGGAUAGCGCCUGUUAUAGUAAAAGCCAAAAUCUAUAUUCAAAAAUUGUGGCGAGCAAAUUUAGAAUGGGACGAUUCAAUACCUGAAGAACUGUUAGAGGAAUGGUUAUGUUUUAGAUCAAAUUUAUCUAACCUAACAAACAUAAAAAUUCCGAGAUGGAUGCACCUGACUGAGAACUCUCACCGAGAAUUGCAUGCAUUUGCUGAUGCAUCCAGGUCAGCUUAUGCGGCUGUUGUUUAUUGUCGAUCGAUAGACGCUGAAGGUAAAGUUCACGUGAGCUUAGUAACCGCUAAAACUAAAGUGUCUCCAAUAGAAAAGGAGGUAACUAUUCCAAGAUUGGAGCUCUGUGGUGCAGUUUUAGCUGCAAAACUACUAUACGAGGUAUCUCAAAUUUUGAACAUACCGAAAAAAGAUGUAUACGCAUGGACCGACUCAGCUGUUGUGUUAGCAUGGUUAAAGGGAUUGCCUAAUCGCUGGACGACCUUUGUGAGCAACAGAGUCUCGGAAAUCAUUAACAUAAUUGAAUAUGAUCAGUGGGGCCAUGUAGCGACGGAUAUGAAUCCAGCUGACUGCGCAUCAAGAGGCCUACAAUCGACAGAAUUAUCAUGUCAUCAACUCUGGUGGAACGGGCCCCCAUGGCUGCAAGAUAUUAUGGUUAAAUCUGAUAAAUCAGAUUUUUUUACACAUGAAGAAGAGCGGGUUAUUAAAGCUUAUACUACAGUAAAAGAAUCUGAAACUAAAUUUCUAUAG